AUGCAGGUGCCAGUGUGUGCUCCUCUCCAGAAACCCCUGAGGGAACUGGGCUUGGAUCUCCAUGGCAGCCACCAGCCUGUCCAUGGAGGCAGUCUGACUGUUGCAGGAUUCGCUGCGUUGCUGCAGCUUCUGGGCAAUGAAGGCAAUUGUGUCCCAGAUGGCUAUUUGCUGCUACUGUUCCUCUGUGUGCAUGUAGAUGAAGCCCCUGACUGGGGUCCCCACAAGGUCCUCUCCUGCCUGGGACUGAGCUGGUGCCUGGUCUCUGAUGCUCCUCCUCAUGCCCGUGAUCUGGGCCCUUCCUUCCUGGCACUUCAGAGCAAUUUGAAGUAUUCCCUUCUGCCAAAAAGGUUGAUCAUCAGCAAAAGGCUUGCUCAGUGCUUACAUCCAGCACUUCCCAUUGGUGUCCACCUGAAAGCGCUAGAAACCUAUGAGGUUAUAUUUAAAAUAAUCGGAACCAAAUGGCUGGCAAAGGACUUAUUCUUUUACAGCUCGGGCCUUUUUCCCUUGCUGGGCAAUGCAGCUAUGUCUGUGAAGCCUGUACUACUUGGGCUAUAUGAGAAAUACUACCUCCCAUUACACAAGUCCCUGAAUCCAAGCCUGCAAGCUUUCAUCACAGGGCUGCUACCAGGGCUGGAGGAGGGAUCAGAGAUUUAUGAGAGAACGGAUGUCUUGCUUCAGAAGUUAAUACUGGUGGUCGGCCAGGAGGUUUUCUAUGGAGCUCUGUGGGGCAGUGUCAUAGUCAGCCCUUCUAUACGCCUCCCAGCCUCGCUGUUUGUUGUCAACCAUAUAAAUAGAUCUGUGUUCAGGAGAGAGCAGAAGUACAUGUUUGGCACAGACCCUCGCCUUGCGGUAAAAGCAUUGUGUGCCUCAGUGCAAGAUUCUAAUGUUCUUGUACAGCGCAACACUUUAGAAAUUCUGUUCUACUUUUUCCCUCUCUGCUCAUACCUGGAUCCCAAUAAUUGUGUCGUCCCAAUGACGAGGGGAGACAUGGUACUUGUUCUCUCUGCGGCUCUGCACACUGUACUGAGAAGAGACAUGUCCCUGAACAGACGUCUGUAUGCGUGGCUCUUGGGGACUGAUAUCAAAGGAGGCCAUAUGACUGCAGAUGCAGACUUCUCUUCUGAAGGUUGUGCCAAGACUUAUUUUGAGAAACAUUCCAAGGACUUGUUGGUUCGAGCACUGAUAAGAACUUUGCAGCAAGUGAAUCCUGAGCCAGAUCAGGAACAUGGACCUCAAGCACAUCAGAAGCCCUUUCGCAUUUUGAUAAGUCUGCUUGAUAAACCUGAAUUAGGUUUUGGCAAUGUUUUUUGCCGCAGUAAAGACAUUCAAUUCACAUUUCCAUGGUUACAUUUCGGCACAUCUUCCAAUGACAAAAAUGGCAACUAUAGACCAAAGACAGUUAACCAAAUGGGCCAGUUACAUGUUGAGAACUAUGAACUAGAAUUGGGUCAACCAGCUCAAAUGUAA